CUUUGUCAACGGCUGACCGGCUACAUCCGCCAAUUGUUUGGUAGAUCCCCCGCUGAAUGGCUCGUUUUGUGCGUUCUAAUGCGAGACCUGAAUAUCAAAUGGCGCUUAUCUCGCAGCGGUGAUCAUAUGAGCCGAGCGCGUCAUAUCGGGGGUGGAUUCAGCCUGGAGUUUGGAGUUACGACUAAUCAUUUUCUUGUUGAGGGCUCGUCCCCCGCGGCAUCAGAAUCCGACUUCAGCUUUCUCCUCCAUACGCGGCAUUCGCAUAUUUCCUCCAAGAUGAAGGAAACAGAGCAAAGCCUCCCUCUUCUCGAAGACGAAGAAUUGAACUCGUCAAAGCCGCUUGAAAGACGGAAGUCGCUCUUCUCGCAGCUUUCUGGCCAACCAAAAUCGGUACUGGCUUUGGGCAUAUAUGCUCUUCUCAUCACUGCCCUGGCAUUGUUCCAAAGCCUGCCGAACAGAAAGUUGGUUGGGCCUUACUCACCCGCCGGACCUUAUAUGCAAUUCGAAGAAGAGAAAGCAGAGCCAGACAAGCAUGUAAUCUAUUCGGAUCCACCGUCACCAGAGGUUGACAAGGCAUGGGAUGAUUUGGUGCGCCCAAUUUACUUUUCAGCCGCGCAGGAAGAAGUCAAGUCUUCGAACGAGGACCCGGAUGACACAGUGACAUUGCUCGAUAUGGAGGGCUACCUCGGAACAAUAGGCGUAUAUCAUGGUCUGCACUGCAUGCGACGGAUAUACUGGCACCUCCACGAGGAAAAGUACUUUGCGAACAGAACAGCGGAAGCUCGUUCAGUGGAAAUCGUCCACGCAAGACAUUGCCUGGGCGUCAUUGUACGUGAUUUGAUGUGCAACCCUGACACCGCGUUGUACACGUUUGGAUAUUAUCCCGACAAGGAUCCGAUCCCCCGCCUCAAAUCUGGAGCGACUAGGCAAUGCUUGAAGUGGGAUCCUUUCCACGAAUGGGCGACAAAGCGCGCCCCAGGAUACUACCCAAGAUUGCAAGCUCCAGCAAACUUGCUGGAUAAGAAGGACACCAAGAUGGAGUUUGAGACGGAGGACAUCAGGGUGGGCAGCUGA